UGUUAUGUAUGGCUGUUAUUGACAGACAGUUAGCACUUUAGUACAUGAUGUACAUUUGCACCUUAGGAGGAUUAGCUGGUUAACAUGGGACCUUAACAUAGGAAGAUAUGUUUUUUGAUUCUACUAAAAGCACUUACACAUUGAAUAUGAUUGAAUUUGAAGCAGUCAUAUACUUUUAAAUAGACGCUUCCUUCCUAAAAAAAGCUAUUUUGAUUUUCAGAUUUUCCAUCUCAAAUGAGAGAAUGUUUCAUCACAAACAGCUGUAACCUGGAUAUGAAUGCCCAUCGGGUUAUUGUGGGUUGCAAAUGUUACUGUACUCCAGGAAGCCCUCCUUUCUGUGUAAAGUAGGAUCCUUCUGUACGUCCAUAUCAUUUUGAAGUUACUAACAUCAAAAAACAUUUUGUCGAAGCCCCUUUCAUUUUUCAGUCGCGGCGACAAGGACAUGAGAAGGACCACCAGAGGAGAGAAUGUGAAAGUAAUCUUACCAUUUUGCAGAAUGGGGCCGUGUGUUGCACUUCUCUUUAUCGUUUAUCUGCUGCGUUCAUGUGAAGCACAAGGGCCCAAUGCUGUGACUCCUGUGUUUGUGAAGAAGGGAGAUGAUCUGAUUCUGAAUGUCGAUGCUGAUGUUCCUGAGGAUGUUUUAAUUGUUGACUGGAACUUCAAUAAAACGGUCAAAUUAGUAAGAUUUACAUCCAGUGGACAGCCAACUGUCUUCGUUGAUUUCAUUGGAAGGAUUGAGUUUCCUGUGAAAAAAUUCUCUGUGAAAUUGAAGAAUCUUCAAAAGGCAGACAGUGGAGUUUAUACUGCACUAGUGUUAACGGCUCUAGGAGACAAACUAGCUGAAUACAAGGUCACAGUUGAAGAUCCAGUGUCUCCAGUUAAACUGACAGUGGACCCAGUGGACCCACUGGUCUCCAGAAGCUCCUGUAAUCUCACUGUGACCUGCAGUACACAGGACUCCAACAUCAGCAGCACUAUUAGAUGUGUCAACCAAACCUGCAGUCAGGAGGGAGGAGAGCAAUCAGAGGUCACAACCUCUGGUGCUUCUCUCCGGGUCUACCUGUUGAAUAGCUCAAUCAUCUGUAACCAUAGUAACCAUGUUAGCUGGACCAAAGACGUUAAAAUGAUUGAAGACUUUUGCCCCAAAUAUGCUGGUAAGACUGAAAGACAAAACGGCUUCCUGAUAAUAAUGCACAUUUUACCUUUUAAAGAAAACUUUUAUAACUCCAAGUGAAGAAGUUCUGUUUUUCUUUCUGUGGUACAUUAAAUAAAAUGGGUUUGUUAGGAAUAUGGUUG